CGGCCGCAUAUUUGUUAACUCCGUGAACUAUCAACGUAGGCGUCCUUAACGGCUUGAUUUCGGCGGACAAAACAAAUCGCUUCGCAUAUUUCACGUCGAAGCAUUUUCCUGACUUUUCCUGAACUAUAAACGAGGUUUUUCAUCCUAUAUCUCAAUGGCACGAGCAAAAACAGCAAAACUUUCGCCAAGUACCUCAUGUUUAGGCAUAUUGAGGAGACGUCACUCCUUUGGAAAACGAAGCAAGCGGGCAACUUCAAGUGGAAGUGCAAGUGACGCGUCCGAUUCGGCGACUAGCAGCGAUGAAGAAAACAACGUAACUUCUCACAACAGAAAAGGACGCAAGCGAAAUCAGGAAGUUGAUAUUGUACCUUGUAAAAAGAGAAAGCUUUCUGAUGAGGAUCCAGGUGAAAAGGAAAAGAGUAAGCUUGGUCUUGUCGAGAACAGGAUAAGAACGCGGAUCAAAGCACAUAUCAGAGCGAGACUAAAGAUAAGAGAGGCGGAAGAGUUGCGCCUUUUGGAAAUUAAGGCUCUCAAGGAGAAUGGAUGGUCCAAACUUAUUCCUCAUGAGGUAUUGCUGAGGAUUUUCAAGCAAGUUGUGAGCGACAUCGGACCAGUUCCAUUUUUGUGCAGGAUGUCCAGGGUCUGUCACAGCUGGAAGCAAGUUGCUUCAGAAGCAAUGUUAUGGCGAGAAGUCAAUUUAUCAACAAUGAGUAUUGAAUGCCCCAGAUCUGCUAUCGAUUCCACAAUUGAAAAGUUAGCGGCGUCAAAACUAAAAACUGUCAGAGAGUUGAGCCUAGACGGAUGGAGUGAGUUAACAGAUACAGGACUAAAGGCCAUAGGAAAACACUGUCGCUCUCUGCAGUCUGUUGUGCUGUCCCAGUGCGGGAGUCUGUCAUCGAAAGGCGUGUCUUCACUGGCUUCAAAGUGUCGCCAACUGAAGAUGCUCGAUGUCGCUAUGACAAAGGAGCGAGAGAGAAUUUACCAAUAA